AAGCUACACUACAACAGAGGAGGCACCUGCGUCCGCUGGCGCUGCUCGGGGGCCAGUGAGGACCACGGAGGCGGGGUCCUUGGGGCUCAGUUUUCUAGAGCGCUGCUGUGUUUCGUGUUGUUCUUCUCAAACAUGUGCCGCCACUGGAUGCAGCUUGAUUUUUAGAAGAUCUCAAGGCGAUAAGCAGGAAAACAGUCUCUGGGAGGCCAGAAUGAGAGUUGGGAUUUGGUUGCCAGAACCGGGUGUCUUUUCCCAUUUUGCUAUUUGCCACUUUAAGGACCCGAGUCUCUUCGCCAUGGGUAUGUGGUCCAUCGGUGUGGGAGCUGUGGGGGCCGCCGCUUUGGCACUGCUCCUGGCCAACACAGACAUAUUUCUGUCCAAGCCCCGGAAAGUGGCACUGGAAUAUUUGGAAGACAUAGACCUGAAAACACUGGGGAAAGAACCAAGGACAUUCAAAGCAAAGGAGCUAUGGGAGAAGAACGGGGCUGUGAUUAUGGCUGUGCGCAGGCCAGGCUGCUUCCUCUGUCGAGCGGAAGCAGCAGACUUGAUGUCUUUGAAGCCCAAGUUGGAUGAGCUAGGUGUCCCUCUCUAUGCGGUGGUGAAGGAGCAGGUUAAGAGAGAAGUGGAGGAUUUCCAGCCUUACUUCAAAGGGGAAAUCUUCCUGGAUGAAAAGAAAAAAUUCUAUGGUCCAGAGAGACGGAAGAUGAUGCUCAUGGGCCUCAUCCGUUUGGGUGUUUGGUAUAACUCCUUCCGGGCUUGGAAAGGAGGCUUCUCUGGAAACCUAGAAGGCGAAGGCUUCAUCCUCGGAGGAGUUUUUGUGAUAGGAUCUGGGAAACAGGGCAUUCUUCUUGAGCACCGAGAAAAAGAAUUUGGAGACAGAGUGAACCUACUCUCUGUUCUGGAAGCUGUAAAGAAGAUCAAGCCACAGACUCCAGCCUCGGGGAAAAGCUGAU